AUGGAGAGUGUGUAUAAUUGUGUGGAAAAGAAUACUAAGUUCUUAAUUGGUGAUGGUAGAGAUACUUCUCUUUAUUAUGACAUUUGGUUUGAUAAGACUAGUAUUGCUGAUGUGCUAAAUGGUUAUUCUCUCGAUGCAACAGCUAGAGUAAGUGAUAUUUUAAAGGAUGGCCUUUGGGAUAUUCCUGAAAUUCACUUGCAAUACUUGAUUGCUGCUGGUCUAGAGUUGAAUAGGAUGCCAAUUCCUAUGGGUGGAGCUGAUGUUAGGGUAUGGAUGCCGGAGUUGAAGGGUGAGUUCAGUGUUAAGUCUGUAACUGAGUUGCUUCGGCAGAAGUAUUCUCGGUUAAAAGGUACGCAGCUUCUGUGGAGAAAAGAAGUUCAUCCUGUUCUUGCUGCUCAGAACUGGAAAUUCUUGCGUGGAGCUUGUGCUACGUAUGACCUUAUCAGGCGCAGGUUCAAGAUCUCUCUUGCUAACAAAUGUUGCUUGUGUGAUGUUCAAGAGGAAACUCUUACUCAUGUGUUAUAUGAGUGUUGCUUUGCUAUAAGAGCCUGGAAUUGGCUAGCUGAUGUGUUCAAGUUACAACCUAAUGCUAACCUUAUUGUUUCUUUUAAAGCAGCAAAAGGAAGGAGUCAUAUUGUCCGUGAUCUGUGGCUUAUUGCCAACCUUGUUCUUAGGUCGGAGCUAUGGCAGUUGCGGAACAAGGCUGUUUUCGAGCAUAAAAAGCCUAAUUGGAGUAUCUUUCAUAAGCGCGUUCUGAAGUUGAUACAAGAUUAUUCAAUUCGGCUCAAGGGUCAUAUGAACAAUAGUGCUGAUGAUGUUGUUCUUCUGAGCUAUUUUAGAGUUCAGCACCGUAGUGUGAAGUUGCAUCAUCCUGUGGCUUGUUUUUGGUUACCGCCUGAGGCUAAUGAAUUACAAAUUUGUUGUGAUGGAGUGGCGAGAGGUAACCCAGGCGUUGCGGGUGCAGGUGUAGUAGCUAGGGAUGAGCAUUGUUCAGUACUUGGUGCUAUGAGUAUUGGGCUAGGAGUCACGACGAAUUAUUUAGCAGAAUUGUAUGACACUAUUGUUGGUUUGGAGUGGGCUAUGCAAUGGGGUUUUUCUUGUAUUUGUAUACGGUCUGAUUCUAUGGGAGUUGUUGAAGCUUUCAAGAAUGACUCAAUUCCUUGUAGGUGA